UAAUCUCUUCACCGCCAUUCUCACUCUCCUUCUCCCACUCUCUGCCUCUCUCUCUCUCCACCGCGGCCGGCGCCUCCUCGGGAGAAUGGGGAAGACACGCUCUCCCUGUUGCGAUCAUUCCCAAUUCUUCGACGACAGCGAGAAGGAAGUCGCCGGCAUACUGCUGGAACUCCCUCGCCUAAUCUUGGAAUCUGACGACGCCGUACCCUUCUCGUGGGGCGGCAAGAAGCCGAGAUCCGCCUUACGUGCCGGUGGCAACACUUUAUCGUCUCCGUCGACGGCCGCCGAGUCCACGUGUACCAGCCCUGAUUCGCCGCUCUUGUUGCCCCCCAAAGAGUCUGAACACCAUCCUAGUCACUCCAAGAUAAGAGUCUCACUCAAAAGGAAGGCAGAUAAUGUGAGCCAGAUGAGAGGCUUCGUUCCGGAACGAAAAGGAAAAGAACAGGGCCUUAUGAAAUUGAAGCGCGGCCAACCCCGCAUUCAGGAGGGCUCUUGCUGCCCAAGCUAGAAGAAGAAGGAUCGACUUCCUGAGGAUGAGGUCGAAAAACCGCCGCGCAUGAAGACGUGUGCAUCUGAGUUUUUUUUUUUUUUUUUGGUUCUGAUUAUGCUGACAAUCUAUUUUUUUAUUCUUUGUCUCCCGAGGGGUGAUUGUUUACUCUAUUUUUUUUUUUUUUUUUGGCCCUUUUGUUUUUUUUGUUUUCUUGUGACUAUGAAGUUUUGUUUAGUUUAAGGUCGGGCGUAUAGUUUUAUUUUUGUAAACUACAAGUGUAAGUUUUGACACAUUAUCGAAUUUAGUAACACAAUAAUGAAAUUUUCUCC